CAGGGACACCACCAGUCUUUGUCCAGGCAAUCUAUAUUCAUUCACAAUGGCGUCUAGACUGGCGAGGCACGCGGCCGGAGCUGCGAAACUCCGACCUUCAGCACCAUUCCGAUCCCUCCCAGCCCUUACAACUCCAUUGACCUCAAGGCGCUACGCCAGCAACGUCCCCGCUGAAGAACCCAAGAAGAAGGCUCAAUCGAUCCUCGACGCGCUCCCCGGAUCUUCCAUCGCUAGCAAGACUGCUAUCCUUUCCGCAGGUGCUGGUAUCUCGGUCUGGGCUAUCAGCAAUGAGCUCUACGUGGUCAACGAGGAAUCUGUCGUGGCCUUUUGCUUGUUGAGCGUCUUCUAUGGAAUCUUUAAAUAUGGAGGCCCGGCUUAUAACGAGUGGGCUACCACCACCAUUGCCAAGUACAAGGACAUUUUGAACUCGGCAAGAGAAGGCCACGUCGAGGCUGUCAAGUCCAGAAUCGAGGAUGUUAAGCCUCUGAGCAACGUCGUUGAGAUCACUCAACAGCUGUUUGAGGUCUCCAAGGAAACCGCCAAACUCGAAGCCCAGGCUUUCGAACUCGAACAAAGAACCGCCGUUGCAGCUGAAGCCAAAACCGUCCUCGACAGCUGGGUCCGUUACGAAGGCCAAGUCAAGCAGCGACAACAGAAGGAACUUGCCGAGAGCAUCAUUGCUAAAGUCACCAAGGAACUCGAGAACCCCAAGGUCCUGCAGCAAAUCCUCCAACAAAGCGUUGCCGACGUGGAGAAGCUCGUGGCUACCAAGGCUUAGUGAAGCACCUGUCGACUCCUGACCUGGACACUGCAAUGCGAUAACGCCCAGGAGUUGUAUCACUUUCUGAUAGAAAUACCGGCGAGAUUGCGUGGAUGAUGCGACACAGGAACGAGGAGAUUGUGUUGAAUGUUGUACAUAAAAAACAUCUCAUCGGCUCUCGUCCGAUUGCCUUUGAUCUCUGCAUCAACUUAAAUAGAGCAGAUUAAAUUCCUUUGUUUAAGACUACGUCCUAACACUGUGUCAUAUUCAUGUGAAGCAUGUUUUGGGAAAGAGUGCUUUUUCACCA